GUAAAAGGGCUUUUUAAACUCUUAGCCAGGGAGUAGUCACCCUGAAACAUCGCUCCUCAGAAGUGCCUCAUACUUCUCCACAGUUUUCACCCUUUUUGCAAGAACAACACCAAAUACCUCGGAAUUAAAAGAACCAUCAAGGUGAUGGGCACUCAUGCCAGCUGAAGUUGGUGCAACCAGACACUUCCUUAUGGAUUUUGGGCACAUUUCUACCAGCAAAUUGUCUGCUUGGAUUGAUUAGUGACUUCUGAAUUGCAGUGAGAAUUUGGCGAAUGAUUGAAGAACAGCCACCAAAACCUGCGUGCAAAUUACAAACUGGAGAAUUUUCCAGGUCAGAGAAAAACAGAAAGAAACAGGUGCAAAUUACCUUUCCUUAAAAAAAAUGUUCUUUACAGUGUGUUGGGUGAACUCUGGGAAGCUGGUGACACUAGGCCUCCUGUUGCUGAUCUCACAAAUACUGAUAAAAGAGGCUAUAUCCCCCACCCUGAUGGACAUGGCUCUGCAUUCCUUUGAUGACCAGUAUCUGGGGUGCAGACAGGAGAUGAUGAAAGAACUGGAGCAAGGAGACUAUUUUCAAAAGGAAAUAGCUGCCAACAAGGACUACUUUGAUCUCUGGAAGAGGGCUCAGAAGGCUUUGCUGAAGAGCCCUGCAGGACUCCUGAGAGAGAUGCGUGACAGCCACGCCACAGUCCUCAUGGCUUACACCAUGAACUCCUCCCUGCACUCGCAGCUGAACUGGGCCACAUCCACAGCAGGAAUCUCUCCAGAGCACUACAGACACAAGUUCAGUUUUAAGUAUUUCCACUUCUACCUAACGACUGCUAUCCAGAUACUGAAGGGAUGGCAGAGCAGCAUGGGGGAACAGAAGUGCUACCAGGUGCACAGGGGGGUAAAGGACUCAUAUAUUGAGGCCAAGGUAGGCAGCAGGGUGAGAUUUGGACAUUUCACUUCUACCUCUCGCCUCAGGAAUGAAGCCCAGAAGUUUGGAAAUGAAACUUUGUUCACAGUCACCACUUGCCUGGGAGCAGCUUUGCAAGGCUUUUCUUACCACCCAUCUGAGAAGGAAGUCCUCAUUCCCCCUUAUGAGAUAUUUCUUGUCAAAAGCUUCUUUCAGACCCAGCAGGGUAACCGUGUGCAGCUGCAUUCUGUGGGGAACUGCAGCAAGUACCAGUGCCAGCUGCUGGAAGCUUCAAGAAGCAAGAACAGUGGUUACAGUGCACUCGCCUCUGCCAUUCUCCCUAGUGUGCUUGGAGUUUCCCUGUGCUUGGCCCACAGUCUCUGAUUCUCUGGCUGCAUCCAGAAAUGUGCCCUUGAAUAGCAGGCAAGAAGCCUCUGGAGUUCCAGCUGCUACAGAAAGUUCAAUCUUCCCUUUGCUUUCAGCUGCAACUCUCCAGCUGAGACUGGAACAUUCAUCAAAACAGACAUUCCCUGGACCCAUUCAGCUUAUUUCUGAAGAAUGGCAUUGAGUGACCUCCUUUACCCAGAUAAUCCCAAGAGAAAGCAAGAACUGAUUCAUCUGCAUCAGGAAUUGCUUGACUGUAUGUCCACCAAUUUCCAUGCAACAAACGAGCUGGUUGGAGUGCUGAAUGAACACCUGGGCUGUUCCAUUGCCCCCAUCAAGAUGCGAGAGAGCAGUACAGUCAAGGAAAACUGUGAGAUUAUCAUUCAAGUGAUGAGUGAGAUUCAGCAUCAGGUGCAGAAGAUUGAUAGUGACAUGAAGGAAAAGCUCGAGCCAGUGCUGUACCAGAAGCUGUAUGAUAUCAAAGAGCCUGAGCUGGAGAAAAUUGCAAUAGCCCAGAGAGUCUUUUCCAUUAUUUUUGGAGAAGCAACUGCAACAGCUGCAAUGGUAGCUAUCAAACUUCUUGGCUCCAAUCAUUUAACUCUCACUGCGAGCAAGCUCAUCGGUCUCCUUGCACAGAUUGGGGCAUCUGUUCUUGGGGGAGUUAGUAUUACCAUUAUUGGGCUUGGCCUGGAAAUGAUUCUCCAUGCCAUCCUGGGAGCUGUGGAGAGGAGUCAGCUUCUGACAGCUGUGAGAAGCUAUGAGAAGCACCUGGCUGAGUUCAAAGCAGCCUCAGAGAAGUACCAGCGUGCCAUACAUGAAGUAACUUCUUUGGUGAGACAGCAAGCUCAGUAAAUGAAGCUGGAGUUCUCUCUUCUGUGACAGCAGCUGCAGCAGCUAUGCCUGCAGAAAUAUUUUUGAUUCAUUAUGACAAAUGAACUACUGAUGGCUUUUUAUUUUCAUAUUUGUGGCAGCAGAACAAGGAAAGUAACAGUUCAGGAAAUUGGCACUGAAAUAUAUUAAUAAAGAACUGGUUUACAGGUGUUUUGGGGGGAGGAACAAUGUUUCAAAUACUUUGCACUUUUCCUUAAGCUUAUUUUCUGGAAAGCAUUAUAGAAUGAACUAUAAUUCAUACUAGAGAUAGUAAUACAGUCUGCUGGUAAUGGUGAGUAGGUGUGUUUCUAUAUCAAAUAUGACAAAACAAUGGGAGCAAACAAUUUCAACAAGGCAAUUCAUGCCAGCACCUGGAGGCUUUAAGAAGAACCUAAGGUUGCUAAACUCUUAGUAUGGAUUAGUGCUAAAUCUGAUAGAUGAAUUCCCUGCUCAUUACAAGGACUAGCUGAAGCAUAUUUAACUGCUAUUUCCUGCCCUCCUAAGGAGCCAGCCAGAGAUCUUCUUUAAAUAAACUCCAAUCCCAGUAGAUUGGCAGGUAAGAGAAGCCUGGACCUACAUGCAAACACACACCACCUUGCUCCACAACUGAGAGAAACCAGCUGCAUUCCAGGUGUGCCUGGCCAUGAAUAACCCCUUAUGCUUCUAAUGCUCUGCUCCUGCCAACACACCUGUAAGAAUUUCUGUGCCAAGUUGCUCUUUUGUUGAUUGGAGUGGGAUUAUACACAUGCACAAAUGCCUGUAGGAUUGCAGCCCUAUUGAUGAACUAAAGUUAUUUCCAAGUGCUUUACCCAAUCCCACCAACGCAGGACUGCCAAGAAUGUGCUCAGAUCCUGCAUUUCAUAAUAUGCUACCAACUGUCCUUAUUUUUCAGAUUUUAAAACCAAAGCUGGAAGCAAGAACAUUAUUUGUAUUGUCUUGCUCUGAUUUGCUGUGGAUUGUUUUUUCUUGAUCUUAGAAAAAAAGGUAAUUUAAGAAUUAAUAAAAAUGUACAUGAGUAUUGG